AUGGCUUCUGAUGAGCUGCCGCCGGCCGUGAAGAAAUCCGCUCCCACCAUCAUAAGCUCCCUCGGCGACGACCUCGUGCAUGAGGUGUUCCUCCGCCUUCCCUCCCUCCCGAGCCUCGUCCGCGCCGCCUUCACCUGCACCGCCUUCCUCCGAGCCGUCAGUUCGUCCCCUAAAUUUCGCCGUCGCUUCCGCGAUCUUCACCCGGCCCCGCUUCUAGGCGUCUUCCUCGACAUCUAUGACCCCGACGUGCCCACCUUCGUGCCCAACCGCCGCCGGUCCGACCCGGACCACGCCGCCGUCGUCCGUGGCACCGACGUCUUCCUAACUCGUGUCCCCGACCAAGACGAAGACGAAGCGCAAGACAACUGCCCGUUGUGGUCGAUUACCGAGUGUCGCGAUGGGUACGUUGUUCUCGUCAACUGGCGCACCAAGCGGGCGGCCGUGUACGACCCCAUCACACAGGGCCUGCACCCCAUCCCGGCGCCGCCCAAAGAGGUCUGCGAAGAUCCGGAAGAUGCCGAAGUCGAGUUCCACGUGGUCACCUCCGAAGAGGACCGACGGUCGUUCCGUGUCUUGCUCGUCUGCGGCAGCGAGGAACGUAGUAGGGCAGCGCGGGUCGCCGUGUUCUCGCCGGACAGCAGCGAGUGGCAGAUCUCGAUCUCCCCAGAAGCGGGGGGCCUGCAGCAGCUGCAGGUUGAAGACGAUGGUACGCUAGUGAACGGGUGUGUCUACUGGGCAAACGGAGACAAUAUCCAUGUGCUGGACGCCGCAACACUGCAGUUCUCCCGGAUGGACGCGCCGCCGACGCGCAUGGAAUGGCCACGGGGUUCCAAGUUUGGAGAGACCAGCGACGGGAAGCUCUGCAUGGCGUGGACUUCCGAUCGUGAUCGUGUGCUUGAUGUCUCGAUCUGGAGAGCCGAUGGCGACGACGGCGUCCAUAAAUGGAUGCCGGGCACGAGUAGAUUGGAGUUGCUGGAUGCGAUUGAUGGGUUGAAGCUACCGUUUGAAAAGAAAUUCCCUAGUAUGCUGCAGGUGGACGUGGUUGCUGUCAUCGGUGGCACCGUGUAUUUGUCUACCUUCGAGGCAUUGGCAUCGUCUCGUAGGUAUUAUGGCUGGUUCCUAUCCUUCUGCAUUGAAACUGAGGACCUGAAGAAGGUCUGCGGUAUCACUCGCUCCGAUUAUUCCUAUCCCUACGUCAUGGCCUGGCCUCCCGUUUUGGUACGCAAUAAGGUGAACUCUAUUAGCAACAGAAGGGCUUGA